AUGACAUUCAACAAGGAGACAAAAACAAUCACAGUGGUCGUGGUAGGGACCAACCCCAUUCUCCAGUCCUUCACUGCGGCAUUUCAGCAAACACAUGCCUUUGUAUACUUCGUGCUUGCCAAUGCCAUAACGAGCCUGUAUAACCUACUGGCGAUGCUGCUCCUGCCAUGCUUGAAGAACAUAGGACGUCAAAGUCCUUGUAAAUCAUCAGGAGCUGAAUCACUGCCCAAAGGAAUUAUUAGUCGGAUAUCAGACAUGGAAAUGGUGCCUCUUUGGGGUGCUCCAGAAGGAAAGGAAGAUAUUAGUUCACAGAAGAGUUUAUUGGCGAUGGCAGUUGGUAUAAAGCAAAAACAAACUGUGGAUCAAAUAGUAAUGAAGUUUGCCUUGAGUAACUACACGAUAAUGCUUUUUCAUUAUGAUGGUAUUGUGGAUAAAUGGAAAGAUCUACAAUGGAGUGACAGUGUUUUGCAUAUUUCUGCAAUCAAUCAAACAAAAUGGUGGUUUGCAAAACGCUUCUUACAUCCAGACAUCGUUGCACCAUACAAGUACAUCUUCUUAUGGGAUGAGGACCUUGGAGUGGAAAAUUUUCAUCCUGAAAGCUAUUUGACAAUUGUGGAAAAGGAAGGUUUGGAGAUAUCACAACCUGCUCUUGACCCUACAAAAUCAUCUAGG